AUGCUUACCGUUUCAAUUGAAUUCAAAAUACGGCAAAUAGCAAGAUUUUUAAAAUGUUCAGUCCCUCUGUUUAUUGGCAGUCUAUUGUUAUAUGUGUUUACUUACGAAGUUCGAUCAACGACUAACUACAAGAAUGAUUCAAUUCUAAUGGAAAACGUUACUGUCGAUCUAAAUAGUUCGAUUCUAUCUUUUCAUUCAAUGUCCAAUGAUCCUGAAGUUGAAGAUUGUUAUUCAUUAAAAUCCUUGAUUAUGCCAGAAGAAAUUAUCGAUUUGAAUGCAGUUAAUCCAUCUCAUAAACCAAUACAUCCAUCACAAGUUACUAAAGUAGUGACAUUCAAUCAAGUACACUCGAUUCUCUAUGGAGAUCCAUCGACAAAAUUAAUUUAUAAUUACACAAGAAAAUAUUUUCAAAAGGAUUUGGAUUUAUCAUAUCCACAUACUUUUCUUCAAAGAGAUUUAUUCUUUGGAGUUAUUCGAAAACUUCAUCAAUCUUUGAAAGUUCAAUUUGUUGUUGAAGUUGGAUCAUUUACUGGAAAUUCCGCUAUUCGAAUGGGAAGUAUUUUGAAACAAUCUUAUCCAGGCUCAUUUCUUCUUUGUAUUGACACUUGGCUUGGAGAUCUAAAUAUGUGGAUAAACAAAGUUGUUUGGAAUCACUUAUCAGUAAGUGAAGAUGGUCGACCAACAGUCUACUAUCAAUUUUUAGAAAAUAUUCUGAAUGCAAAUUUAACGGAUACUGUUUUACCUGCAUCGAUGACAUCGUUAACUGGUGCACGAUUUCUUCGAACAUUUCGAUUUCAUCCUCAAAUUAUUUAUCUUGAUUCAUCACAUGAACAAGGUGAAACAUUGAUUGAAUUAGCUUUGUAUUGGAAUCUCUUAGAAGCAGGUGGAAUUCUUUUUGGUGAUGAUUGGAUCUGGGCUGCUGUCAGAUGUGAUGUGAAAAAGUUCUCUCAUAUUCAUAGAUUACAAAUUGAAGUUGUGAAGAAUACUUGGAUUCUCAAAAAACCAUUUUGA